AUGUUUGGCUUAUCCUGUGGUAUGGAUAAAACAGGAGCCGAAGGUAAGACUUUUCGUAGACGAACCGACGUAUGGCUAACACCGGGAGCAUUUAUAGAACGUGGACGAACCGGUGUAUGGGUAACACCCGGAGCCACAAGAAUGAACAAUAUACACGAGACUUGUCAACUGAACAAAAAUGAGAAUCUGAAGAACAACGACGUCAGCCAGAUACGGAAAUUUUACGCUGGGAAAUGCAUACUUCUUACGGGGUGCAUCGGUUUUCUGGGCAGCGUCAUUUUGGAGAAACUCCUGCGCACUUGUGUGGAAAUUGAGGAGAUCUACGUUGUGAUCAGGACGAAAAAGGGUGUGUCGAUAGAAGAACGGCUAAAGAAACGCUUCGAAAAUGUUCUGUUCCGUAAAUUGCACGAAUUGAAUCCCAACUUCAUGGAAAAAGUCGUACCGAUUAAUGGUGAUCUACAAAAAACCGAUUUGGGUCUCUCACCUGAAGACCGUCGAUGUUUAAUCGAGAAUGUUGAUAUAAUAAUUCAUAACGCGGCCGUAGUGUACUUUGAGGCAAGACCGUCCUAUCUUUUGCGGUCGAACGUGAUUGGCACGCAGAAGAUGCUCGAAUUAGCGGCAGAAUGCAAUCAUUUAAAGGCGUUCGUGUACGUUUCAACCGCGUACUCACAUCUUUACAACGAAGUGAUCGAAGAGAAAUUUUACCCACCACCGGCUGACAUAAAACUAGUCGAAGAUAUGAUACGAGCCGAUGAAGAGACGAAAUAUGGAAUUAGCAAGGAACAGAUAAAUGAUUUCGUAGGGAAAUGGACCAAUAUGUACACCUUCAGUAAAGCCAUCACCGAAAGCGUGGUCGAGGAUUUUAGCAGAACAGCAUCGUUCCCUUGCUUGGUCUUCAGACCUUCUAUCGUUGUACCACCAUAUCUGGAACCGCUGCCAGGGUGGAUAGGAAGUCGAAAUGGGCCUGUAACACUGUCAAUAGGAAUCUAUCUGGGUCUAGUGCAUGUGGUACAAACGUGGGAAGAUGCGCUGUUUGACAUAAUUCCUGUUGACUUCGUGACUAACAGUCUCCUGGCGUUAAUCUGGGAUUCUAUUGUUCACAGGAAGUCAAAAGAACCACAAGUUUACAAUUGUGCAUCAUCUGACUGGAAUCCUUUCACCUACAGAUUAGCAAAAGAAACUGCUAUGAUAACAUCGUAUAAAUAUCCAUCCCUUAAAAUGGUUUGGUAUCCAUUCUUUUUGAUUGUCCCAAAUUUCGGUGUUUUGAUUGUACUCCACCUAAUAUUUCACGUUAUACCUGUUAUAAUUGCUGAUAUAGUUCUCGUGGCUCUAAGGAAGAAACCAUUAGGUAUCAGUGCAGUGUGGAAGGUAACGAAGAACUUAAGGGUUCUAUCGCGCUUUACAGCUGCCAGUUGGAUCAUAAAAUCUGAUAAUAUCCGAGAUGUUCAAACUCGUAUGAAUGCUGCCGAUUUGAAAGAAUUUCCAUUUGAUUUAAAAACAGUGGACUGGUACAGAUAUAUAGAUAUAGCUGCACAAGCUUUCCUACAAAUGACGAAGGAGACACCAGAAUCAUUACCAGCUGCUAGGAAAAAAUAUCGAAGGCUAAUGACACUCCACUAUACUAUUUGGCUCUCCAGUUUGCCCAACGAGGAUAACCAUGGGGCUUUUAGUGGGUUAGAAUCCCACACCACUCCGCAUUCCCCACCAAGAUUUCCAUCAUGUAAAAGAAAAAAAAAAGGCACGUACGAGGUUCAAGAUAGAUUCUGGACCACAGACGACAUACAGGAUAGACCUUGCAUCUUGUGGGACUUUUUGGCCGAGGCUUUGGGGCCGAGAAGUCUCUUAUUACCUUCGUUUGGCCCCAACGUUAGCGAUGUAGCAUAG